UCAGUGGUGCAUUCGUGGUUCUAAUGGCCGGACUAUUUGGUGCCAUGACUGUAGCUUUCCUAGAGUUCCUUUGGGUAUUUCGUGGAGUCUUUGCACAAAGAAAUACGGAUAUUUUUGGAAACUUAAAGAAUGAGGCACUUUGCAACUUUGGCCGAAGAGGACUCAAGCAAAAUCUGGGUUCAGAUGCAAACAAACAUCCUAGAACCGGUUCCCUAAGAUCUAGAACAUUUGAUGAUAUAUCCAGGUUUACUGAUGAAAACCAGUCUGAGAAGGAAGGAACCCCUCCCCCCCUCCCUACCCGUCCCAUCCCCCCUUCCCCCUCAACCACCAAUAUCCUAAACCCCUUAAACACUAGCCAGGGGAUAGAAGGAACUCCUACUCCUGAAGUAGGGCUGCUAGGUCGACCUGAAGGAGUACAUCUGCAGCAUCUACUGGAACGAGGGGGCGGCACUCCUCCACCCCCUCUGCAAUAUAUCAGGAAACCAGCCUUGAAGCGCGGGAGUUUACUUGGACAAGCAUCAUUAAAGGGUUCCCCUGCUACUGCAAGGAGGGUAGUCGUACAAACAGAUAGGAUCAGUAGCAUUAAUUAGAAGGGUAGUCGUUCAAACAGAUAGGAUUAGAAGCAAUAAUAAGAAGGGUAGUCGUUCAAACAGAUAGGAUUAGUAGCAUUAAUUAUUGAUUUGGAGGGUAGUCAUUUGAACAAUUAGGAUCAGUUGUAGUUUUUUUUUACAACAGUUAAGAAAUCAACAAAGAGAAAAAUCUGAAUAUGGUAUAAAGACGAUUUUUAAAAUUAAGUUUAAAUUGUUUCAUUUUCAAAAAUACUUGAAAAUACAGGAAUUGCUAUAUUAAAUUUCGUUCUUCAAACUUUUCUAAAUUUUAUUUUCAAAACUUAUGAUCAAUUUUACAGCUUUAUAGUUUGAAUUUCUUGUAUUCUUUCACUGCGAGGGACUGUAGGCAUGAGUUUAAUUAACCUUUCAUAUAAAGUGAACCAUCCUAUAUUUACAACGAUAUCCUUUAAAAACCUCUAUCGGAUCAAUAAUAUGAUAUUUUGAUUGCUAAAAUGUGUUUACAAUUUUCUCAACCGUUUUUGUAGCAAGGAAAUUUUUUUUUGAGAAGCUACAGUUAAAAAUAAUUCACUUGUCAUGAAUAUGUCACUCAUUCUUGAUAAAUAUUUUGUGAACCGGAAUUGCCAUUCUACAAAAGGAGAGUCAAUUGAAAUUGCCUGGUUAGUCCCUUUUAUACACCUUUUAGUAAAUGAUAUCCCGGCCUCCUAACCCUGUUGGUUAGGCUUGAUUGAAUCAGAGUUAACUCCUAUCCCAAUCCUACCUCUUGGCCAGGUUUAUCCUUUACAGUUUACGACUUAACCCUGACUAAUCGGAUUAAGCGGGGAUUUAACUUGAAAAAGCUUUCAGGAUUCUCAAACCAGCAUCUUCACCCUUCAGCCCGGAAUUUAUUGACUAAAUCCUUUUAUAGUUUCACACAAAGGGAAUUCUAUAAUUAAUAUUCAUAAUUUGGAAGAUAAAAGGUUUUCAGCUUGACAUUCUUUUAUUUACCGAUAUUUAACCUUUUCCAUCUAUCUCAACAUAAACUUUUGUUAUCCAAGGAUGCAUCAGUUUUGUCACUUCCAGUUUUAGCCGGCACAAUAAUUGCAAAAAGUUAAACUUUUUGUCCAACCGUAAUCAAAGUAAGCCAAAAUAAAAUAUGCAAUGUUAGAAAGAUAUUAAAAAGAUGAAAAAUCAUUUUCAUUCUCACUGGAUUGUGCGGCUAGAAGGCAAUUUUUUAAGGUUUUUUUUGAAGGGGGUGGGGCCAUUUCGAAGAGGUUAAAAUCGUUGCAACCCCCCAAAAGGAGAGGUUAAAAUGUGAACUAUAAAAUUUAUCAAAAUAACGUUAUAUUUCUACUAUCUAUAUAUACUACUAUCUAUCCUGGUCUAAUCAAGAAAAUUCUUUUCAUAAAAAAUGCUUUCUUUAUUUCAUGUUGAAUAUUAUAUUAGGAGAGCCCAUACUGUUAGAAAUAUAGAAAACAAAAUAUUGUUAUUUAGGGACUGUAAGCGUAAUAUCAAGUGACUCUCCAUGGAA